AUGCAAUCGCAAGAUAUCGCCGUCUCCAACGCACCCAUCGAGCCUGUUGGCGAGGACUCGUCCGUGUCGCUGAACGGAUUCGACAUUCCACGCAGGCGGAUAUCACUCAGGCGUUUGAUGCCUCUAGGCCCGCGCUACUGGGGUUUCAUGUCACGGACACGAAACGUCAAGCCAGACUAUCGCAUCAAGAAAAGCAGAAGUCGCCCACCGCAGGGUCAGCAUGAACCCAGCACUCCUCCAAAUCUUCCUUCCCUUUCUGAUGGUUGCUAAAGUUAUGAAUGAAGAGCAAAGAAUCGCAGUAUGCAAGACCAGUCUCGACCAGGUCUAUACGAUGCUCCGGACGUCUCCUCAGCACUGGCGAGACUAUGUGAACCUGGCGCGGACCAUCAUCUCCCAUCUGGAAUCAAUUACAUUUAUGCAACAAGAGAACAGAACACAAGAACAAGUCUGGAUGAUCGCGGGCCUCCAACGACUGGCGUUUGCCGACGCCGAAAGUGGAGCUGUCAACGAUAUUGCAGCUUGGUGCUCUCGCCAGUGGCUCGUCAUCCUCCAAAGAGAUGCGCAAAAUCUUGCGGCCCUCAGAGGUAUCGGGCAGGCUUGGCUGUCACGAGCACAGCGCACUCUAGCAAGAAUACAUCAAGCCGAUGGAGCUUCUUCAUCGAGUGGCGGAUCAGCUCUCUCCCAGCGAUCUUUCUCGAGCGUACUCGAGGAGGAUGUUGCAAAUAUCGCGACCGCGGAAGCAGAGAUACGGGCAGGCACUGCAGUUUGUGUGGAAGCUAGAGGCUACCUGCAACCCGCCACGGAUUACCUAGAGCGCGCCGUAGCAGCCGCGACUGAACAGCGUGCUGUUUCUGGCGAUCUCCUGUCUGUUGUAAGCUAUGCUCCCAUCCGUCUACAAGACCAAACUAACAACCUAGCAGACAGCGGAAGCUUACAUGUCGCUCGGGAGCGCUUCGAGCCCGCGCAUCAACGGGCAGUGUUUCAGCAGAGCAUUACAACUACUUCAAGCCGCCAAAGGCAUUGCUGGAUACAACUUGAGUCCCUCCCUACGGCAGUGAGUGCCUCUGAACCCGACACACACCAUCGAUCACAUCAAACUGACUGCGGCCUAGAUACCUUGAAGACUAUGGCAAGCUUCUGGAGUGA